AUGAGGGCAGGAGGAGAAGGGCGAUGGAGGAGUGGGAAAGCAGGAGGGCAGGAAGAGGUCAAGGGGGAGCCAGGCGGAGCGCAGGACCCCACGACGCGGCGGAGGAGGGGGGGGGAGUGGCACCGCACAGGACGGCGAGGAGGCAGGAGGAGAGGACGGAGGAAACGGCGUGGAGCAAGAAUAGGGGGCGGCGCCACGGGGCAAGAGCAAGAAGUUGCGGGGGACGGCCGGAAAUCGGGUUCAGGGGAGCGGGCAAGGAAAGGGGGAGGCGGGGGGACAGGACCCGUGACAGGGAAGACCGAAGGAAGCCGAGGCGAAGAGAGAGGAGGCAGGGAGAGAGGAGGGAAGGCGAGCGAGGCCGACGGCAAGCAGGGGAGCGCGCGGCGCAGCGCAAGGAAGAGGGGGCAGGGAAAGAACAGGGGCAAAAGCACCGAGCAAGGCCGGGGGCAAAGCCGGCGGCAGCGGCACGAGCCCGGCCCGCGGGCCACAAAGGACCGACGAAGAAGAAGAAGCCGAGAACAAAAGGCGAGGGAGCGAACCAACGGCGAGGAGAGACAGAAGGGACGGCAGGAAGGGCGGGAGCGACACCCCCCACGGAAGGGAAAGACCCGAAAGGGGCAGGAGGCAGAGAGGCGGCAGAACGCCGGGCCGGCCAAGGGGGGAGGGCGGGGGGCAACCGACGCAAAGCGAACCCAGGGGCCCCCGGAGAGGCGCGAACCACGGAGCACGCAGAGCCCAAAAGCGCAGAGGGCGCCGCCAAAAAGGACGGCGCCGGGCGGGGAACGCAGGAGAGAGGGACCGAAACCAGGAGGGCCGGGAGCGGAGCCCACGGGCGCCGCCAAGACGGGGGGCGCGAACGAGAAAAGGAAAGGCGGGAGCGGGAGAAGCGGCGGGGCCAGGAGGGCCGGAAAACGCACGAGGAGAAGCGGGAGGAGGGAACCAGACAAAACAACAAGCGGGGAAACCAAAGAGGGCGAAAGCCCCGAAACGAGAAGAGAAGGAAGCGGCGCCAGACCAGACAAAGGCGCGGCGAGCCCAGGCAAAGGGCGGGGGGAAGAGAGGCCAGAGGCCACCAAGGAGACAAAGGGAACCGAACCAGACAGGGCCGCCGACGAGAGCGGCGAAAGCGGCCACACGAACAAGCCACCCGGCGCCCCCAAAAGGAGAGGGGAGGAAAGAACCAAAGAGGAGACGGGGACGCAGGGGCAAGGGGGGAAGGGGGCGGACAGCGCCCCCGCCGGGGGCCCAGGGAGCAGAGACACCGCCAAAAGAAAGGGCCGGGAACACGAGAAGAAAAGCACCGAGACCGAACAAGAGGAAGGGAAGACCGAAAAGGGGGGGCAGGGGAGGGCGAGCGGGCCAGACAGAACCAAAAAAGGGAAAAGAGGCGGCAAGCGGCGCAGGGCCCAGAAGGGCAGGAGAAAGACCGCCAAAGCCCAAGACGGCAGAGGAAAGGAAAGGAAGGACGCCGGAGACAAAGGAGGGGAAGGGGGCGAGAACGGCCCCGCCAGGCCCGACCCCCCAACCGAGAGGAGCGAGGGGGGGAAGGAAAAGGAAGCCGGGGGCAGACAGAGGCGGCGCGGGGACGAAAGGAGCCACGGCAAAGAGAGGCAGGGCGCCGGCCCAGAAGACGAGGAAGCCAGCAGGGGCGACAGGAGCCCCGAGGAGGGGACCGGAGAAAGGGAGAAGCGAAGGCGAAAGGGCCAGGAAAGAGCGGGGCCACGGGGGAGAACCGCCGCAGGGAAGAGAAGGGGGGCAGGAGGCGGAGCGGGAGCGGCCAGCCAAGCCACGAAGACCGGCGGGGAAGAGAAGAGGGGGGGGAGAAAGGGGCAAAGGCAGGAGCGGCCGCGGCCCGAAGGGCGGGAGAAACGAAGGCAGAGGCACGGAGGGCAGGGCCAGACCGACGACGCCAAGAGCACGCAGCCAGAAACCGGGGACGGGGACAAAGAACAGAAAGAAAGGGAACCAACGGGGAGGGGAAAAAGCAACCCCAAAGAGGGGGGACCAAAAGCGGGGAGCAGGAACCAGGGAAGAAGGGGCGGCAGAGGGAGGGGGGGGAAAAGCGCGGAAGGGAGGGGCACCAGCACCGGCGGCAAAGAAAGGAGGGGCGACGGGAGCACCAGGAAGAGCGCAGAGCAAGGCAGCGCCCAAGACACCGGCAACGCCCAGCAGAGGAAAGGGGGGCAAGGGCCAAGGAGGAAACCCGGGAAAAAAGAGGAGGAAGCGAAAGAGAGCGGCGACACCAAAACGAGGCGCAAAGAACCAACCAGACGGACCGAGCGGAGAAAGCAAGAAGACAGAAACAAAAACAGCAAGGGGACCAGAGAAGGCGAGGGCAGGAGAAGGCCGCAAGGGAACAGAGCGAGCAAGCGCGAAGGGACGGAACAGGAAACCGAGGAGGCCGAAAGCGCCGGGGAGAGCAACAAAAGGCCACAGACCCCCGAAGGGACACCAACGAGGAAAAGCGCCGGGGGCGGCAGGACCCCAGAGGAACAACAAAGAAGGGGCGAAACGAGGAGCAGGAGGCGAAACGGCGGCAGGGAAGAAAGGGCAACCGGCCACAUGGGGGACAGGAAGGGGACAAAGGGGGGACCGGGAACCAACCGCCGACAGCGAAAGAGGCACAAGGAAAGAGCAAGAGACCGGACCAGCCGACAAAACGAAACGGGCCCGCCGGAACAGGCAGCCAGAGGAGCAAAGAAAGCAGGGGCGGCGGGGGAAAGGGACAAGGCGAGAGGCAGAGGAGCCGCCGAGGCAACGACGGCGACCAGGCCGAGCACCGCAGAACAGAGGGCGGCGACAGCAGAAGAGGCGAGCAGGGCGGGAGGAGGGAGCGGGCACCGGCCCGGCCAAGGGGGGGCGCAAGAGCAAAAGCGGGGAGGGAGGGGGCCAGAAAGGACCGAGGGAAAGCAGGAACGCGAGGGAGGAGGCCGGCAAGGGGGAGGAGGCCGGGAACCGGGAAGGGGCGGCGAGGCCAAGGCAAGCAGAGAGAGGAAGCGGGGAAAAAAAGGGGCAAGGACCAAGCGAGACCCCCCGCAAGAGCAAGACACGGAGCGGCAGACCGAGGCCCAGGCGGAGGCAGGAACGAAGGGGAGGCGGAGAGCGGGGGCGGAGAGGAAGAAAAAGGGCGAAGGGCGAGGUAGACGACAGAGAGGCAGGAGAAGGCGGAAGGGCGGGGGCAGGGCGGGAGGGGCGGCGGAGGAGAGCCCCCGAGCCGGCAGAGGAAGCGAAAACGCCACCAGAGGCGAGCGGGCGCGGAGGGAAGCAAAAGAGCGGCAAGCAAAGCGGGGGGGAGGGGGGGCGGGAGAAAAAGAGGGAAGCCCCCGGGGGCCGGGGAGGCAACAAAGAGGCAAAAAAAGCAAAAAAAAAAAAAGAGGAGACGGGAAACGAAAGGCGCAGGCGCGCAGCGAGGCGCCGGCACGCGGGCGAAAAAAGGAGCGGAGGCAGCGAGAGAGAAAGGGGGGGACAGGAAGCCACAGCGGAGAGAGAGACAGCGAAAGCGACGGACAGAGAAAGGGCGGGAGCCGGAAGCAAAGAAAGAGAGGAAAGGCGCGGGGGGGGGGACGGGGAAGAAACGGGGGAGGGGAGGAAGGAAAGCACAAGGGGCCGCGAAGGGGCGCGGAGAGAAAAGCGAGGAAGAGAGAAAAGGGGGAACAGGGCAGCGGGGAAGAGAAACAAAGGCGGGGGGGAGGCCAAAGAAAGGAAAGGGAAAAAGGAACGGGGCAAGGGCAGCGCGAGCGAAGGGGAAGAGCAGAAGAGGGGAGCGAGGCAGAAGGCAAGGGGCAGGGCCACGACGGGGCGGGGGGGAGGGCGCAACGGGACAAGGGAGGGGGGGGGAGAAGGGAAAAGAGAAGAGGGGAGGAGGCAAGAAGGGACGGGGCAGGAGGCGGGAAGGGAGAGGUGGGGAGCAAGGGAGGGAGGAAACAAAGGCGGACACGGGAGGAAACGAAAGACCGGAAGGAGGAGAAGGAGAACAGCGGAGCCGGGGGAGGAGGGGGACAAAAAAAGACGAGACGGGAGGGGGAGAAAGCCCCGGAGCGGAGGGGAACGAGGACGGACGCCGGACCAGGGCGGGACGCGACCACGGAGGGAAAAGGGCCGAGGCAAGGGAAGGCCGAGAGGGCGAGAAAAGAGCGAGAAGGGACAGCGAGAAGAGGGACAGAGAGAGGCAGGAAGGACAGGCAGGAGACACGGCGCCCAGGAGGGAAGAAGAAGAAAAGGAGGGAGCGAGGAAGGCGAGGGAAAAGGGAAGGAAGGGAGGGGGGCAAGACGGACGCGAAGGGAGGGGAGGGGAGGGAAGGGCGCCCGACCAGAAAAAAGGAACGGAGAGGGGCCAGAGACAGAAGACAGAGACCGACCAGAGGGACAGAAAGGGCAAGAGAGGAAGAGGAGAGGUGA